UAGGAUGAGUUCACAUUUAGAGGCCGAGAAGUUAAAUUACAGAUGGGUGGUGUUGUGUAUGGUAUUUCUUAGUAAUUUUCUCACAUGGGGAGUUACGUACUCUGUCGGUGUAUUGUACGCCGAAUGGGUUCGUUAUUUUGAAGCACCAAUGGGGGAAGUGGCAUUUGCAGGAGGAAUACCAGUUGCUGUUGGUUGUGGUCUAGGCCCUUUAUACGGCAUAAUGAUCAACAAGCUACAAAUAAGGACUUGUGGAAUAAUAGGAGGACUUACAAUGUCUCUUGGCUUAUCUAUGAGUUAUUUUGCACGCAACGUUAUUACACUGUGCGUCACGUUUGGACUUAUCGCAGGUUUUGGUUGUGGUCUGGCAUCGUUAGCUUCGUGCAGUAUCAUAAAUAAAUAUUUCCUGCGACAACGAACGCUAGCAGAGAGCGUCUAUGGGUCAGGCUGUUCAGCUGGUGUCUUUGCAAUGUCUGCGAUACAGCGGUUCUUUAUUUGGGAAUGUACUUGGCAAGGUGCUAUGCUUAUUAUUGGAGGCAUUUGUUUAAACAACGUGGUGAUCGCAAUGUUUCUUAUUCCACCUAAAAACUUGAACUUACCAAAAGUGAACCGAAUGAAAGAAAAUAAUAACGAAUAUGAAAUGACUCCGAUUUAUAUUGAAGAUAAUGUAAAUUCCCACAAAGACGUCAUUGCUGUUCGACAAGAUUUAUCCUUUUUCAGACGAAGUACCUGUUUGUACAGAAAUAUCACUUUCUUACGCCUCAUAGUUAGCGACUUUAUAUGUUGGUUGUGUUUGUUUAUUCCUUAUGUUCAUCUGGUUGAACGGGCUAGGUUAUCUGGUUUGGAUGAAAGUACCAGCGCAUGGGUGGCAGCUACCAUAGGCUUAGCUGGUUUUAUCGGCAGACCAGUUACAGGAGCAUUAUUUAACUAUGCUGAUGUUCACCCAAGGAUUGCAUAUGCGCUUAUUUAAAUUUUGUGCGGCAUGUCAGUUGCUGUAAGUCCCUUCUGGUCGGACAAGAUCGGUCUUUUUAUGUUUGCUGCUACGUUUGGAUUUUUCAGCAAUGGUUACGGCUUAAUAAAAGCAUCUGCGGCAGUUAUGUUGGGUCGAAAUAAAUUUGUUGACGCUUACAGCUGGAUGCUAAUGUUUGAAGGAUUGGGUGCACUAUUGGGACCACCAAUGGCAGGUUGGUUUUAUGACGUCACACAAAGCUACGACUGGGGGUUCCGGAUGGCUGGAUUUGGUUUGAUUAUUUCUGGGUUAAUUUUGGUUACGAAACCGCGCAAUAAUACACAAGACGUUUAAUUACCUUUACUACAUUCUAAUACAUGGGUGGUCUCUAUAUUUGCAUCGUCAAUACCAUCGUACUGAAUCUGCUAUAAUACUGUUUCAAAUUAUAUUUUUUUUAACAUUUUAUCAUACUGUUACCUCUUACUUACUUGUCUUAAAUGUAAUUGAAAUAAUUUUGUAACAUAUUUUACACAUUUCAAUAUAUUUCCGCACAAAUGUCAGGAGAACUUUAAUACAUUUUUGAUAAUACAUAUACAAAAAGAAAAAAACGUUUAUUGGGGUACUGAUUAUUAGGGUACUGAUUAUACACUUGUA